AUGCCUUCCACCACGCUGGGCUGGAUCUGGCCGAAAGACCCCCGUCCCGGAAACCCCUCGCGCUGGCCCCGUCGCUGGCGUCUCUUCGAUGUGCUGACCAACCGCGGCCCGGAUAUAUACGUCGGGAAGAUCAACAGCCGCUCCCAGCCGCAGAGCCAAUCGUCGCGGAUCAAUUGGUCUGGGUGGGACUGCCGGGAGGGGUGCUGCUGCGCAGGGGGUGAGGAGGAGACGCCGUUCCCGUGGGCGAGGCGGGGUGCGUUUGAGCGGUAUGAUUUCCGGCGGAGGAAGUACGUGGUUCCGGAUCAUGGGACGUGGUGUGGGGUUGAGUACUGCGAUGAGGAUUUGGACAAAGGCAAGAAGAGGGGGAGGCGGGUGCAUGCCAUUCCGCGGCGGUAUUGGGAUUGGAGGGGGGUGGAGUAUCCGGCGGGGUAUUGGCAUGAUGUUGUGCAUGGGGUUCAUGGUUCUUGA